AUGGCUUCUUCUUCACCCAAGGCCCUUACUGAGAUAAAAAUGGGUUCUCGACGUGGUGAGAGACGCUACGACGGGAGCAGCGUGUACUCGUCCGUAGUGGUGGUAGCGGCCGUGUUGCAGUUGAUGCUGGGUACUUCCGGUGUUUUGGCAGUCUCCUUCUACGGUACAAGUCAUGUCUACUUACCACUCUCCCAGGCCUCCUCAGAAACCAGCAUCCAACUCAUCCUCAGAACGAGCCGAUCCAAGGGGCUCCUCUUCUUGGCCUUUGGGGACACGGACUACUGCAUUAUCCAGCUCAAGUCAGGGUUCAUCGAAGCCAGGCUAGAGCUAGGCGGCGGUGAGCUACAGAUGCAGUCACUCUCCAAAGAGAAGUUGAAUGACCUGAAGUGGCACAGCGUCAGGCUUGAGAUAGCUGAAGGUUGGGCGGAGCUUUAUGUCGAUGGAUUGCUCCACCAAGAGGAGAGAACUAUUGGGGGAGCAAAUACACUGAAUAUACAGGAAGGUAUUUAUAUCGGUGGAACAGGCGGCAAGAAGAUACCCCAUUUAUCCUCCGUGGAUCGCUUCUUCCGAGGUUGCAUUGAGAACGUCACAUACAACAACAUCUUGGUCUUUAAUGCCACUGCGGCCGAUGGAAGAAGCACAGUGAAUGACAUCACGUGGGAUUGCAGCGAGGAGUUUGAAGCGGCGCCCGAUUCUCCGAUCAGUUUCAUCAAAGAGACAGCGUUUGUGAUGUACCCCAGGUGGCAGAUGAGCACACAUGGAUCCUUUGCUUGUUGGAUGAAGACCACCUCGCCUUUAGGGCUCCUGAUGUUCAGCAGUGGCAGCAAAGAUGAAUUCAUAGCGUCAGAAGUCACUGACGGCAAAAUACGCGUGUUGAUGAAGCGGGGGCGCCGUACGGUGGACUUCACAUCCGAUGUUGUUGUUAACGAUGGCAACUGGCAUUGGGUGAAGAUAGAAAUUUCUCCUAACAAGCUAAGAAUCAGCAUCGACUACGAGCCUGAGAAUAAAAGACUGCAGGAUACUACUGAGACUCUAGACCUUACUGGCAUGCUCCAUGUCGGCGGUGUUGUCCAUAAAGCACGAUCUCAGGCCUUCCGGAGUGACCUUAAGUCAGUCACUCAUGCCAGCAGCGGCGGCUCAUUCCAGGGUUGUCUGAGAGAUGUGGAAGUCAACGGUGAGCAGUAUACACUCGGUGAUUCUCGCGUCACUCAUGGCAUCGAGAUCGGCUGCCUGUACCAAUUUCCAUGCACUGGUAGUCCAUGUUCAUGGAAGGAGUCUUGCUCAAACACCGGACUGGACAGCUUCACUUGUGAGUGUGUCACCGAGGAAUGCUUAGAUAUUAUUCGCAUCACGGAAGCAGAGAAAUACACCACUGAUAUCCCCAUGAUAGAAACCAUUUUGCCAAUCCAGACUGAGCCCAUCAUUACCAGUAGUAAAUCGCCUGAUGAUAUUUUUUCCCUGGUGCCUGUCACUUUGGAGGAAGGAGGUCGUAGCGUUGUGACGACAACCAAUAUUCACCUGAACCUGAAGCUACGCUCUCGAGGGAUACGCGAGUCACAGCUGCUCUUUCACAUCUCAAAGCGCCCUCAACAUGGACAAAUUGAAAACAGCGUCCUCAGACGGGAUGACGAUUCGAGUGUUUUCACGCUGCUCGAUUUAAGCGGAGGUAAGAUCUUCUAUAUACACGAUGGCUCGGAGAACUUCCACGACACAGUGACCAUGAAAGUUGAAGUCCUCAGAAAGAACAUUGCAAUCCCUGAGGUGUUGCAGGGUGGGGUCAAUUUCACCUUGGGGAUCGACAUAACACCGGUCAAUGACGUCCCACAUAUUGCCCUUGCUGAUGAUGCCACACUUCGCAUGAUUCAAGGCGCAAUCCAACCUAUACACAGUUCAUUUCUUGAGGCCAUUGACCCUGAUAACAGUCCUAGCGAUCUCGUCUUCACCAUCAUCAACCAACAGGAAAAUGUUGGUUUCUUUGAAGACACCAACAAUCCAGGGAAAAGCAUUGUAUCGUUCACCCAGGAGGACAUCAACCAGGAGUUUGUAUCCUAUGUGCACACAGGCGUGAACACCAAAUCCCGCAUUGUUAUCCGUAUAUCUGACGGCCAAGAGAAGAGCCCGUUGUACUCCUUUAGAAUCGAUGCCGUACCCCUCGAACUCUCCAUCAGGAAUAACACUGAGCUAAAACUGAACCCUGGAUCCUCCGCUGUGAUCAGGCCUGAGGUACUCCACGUAGCCACGAACGAUCCCGAAGACCAGUAUGUAGUCACCUACCGCGUGACGGAUGCCUUGCGGUACGGUAAACUACAACGGUACGAGUUGCAGAACUGGUGGUCGGAUGUUUUCCGAUUCACCCAGGGCGAGAUUGAGGAAGGUAUCAUUCGCUACACAGCCACUGUGUCCAAUGUGCAGAGGUCCAUGUGGAAUGACAGGAUAAGUCUGAUAGCCUCCAGUGAGGACACCAGCCUUGACGUCACAGUACCAGUGAGGAUUAUAGUCACUUCAGUCAAUGUGGUCAACAACACUGGAUUGAUUCUUGAUAUCGUAAGGCAGGGUGUUAUCACACCGCACAACCUUUCAGCUAGUGUUCUGCUUCCUCUAACCUCAUCCCCGGUGACUUUUACCCUGGUUCGACCCCCGAGCAAAGGUCAACUCAUCAAGCAGCCAGAAGGCCCGAUACAAGAUGGAGGCUUCUUCACACAGGAUGACAUCAUCGCUGGGGUCAUAGGUUACACACUGAACCCUGAGGAAACUGAUGCCCUAAACGAUACGUUCCUGUUUAGAGCAUCGGUGGAGAAUGUGCAGAGUUCUGUAAUGUCAUUCACUAUUGCUUACAUACCAGACAUCCGAAGCAUGAUUAUUACAAAUACUGGAUUUGUAGUUCAGGAAGGGGCAAGACAUACCAUUGCAUUAGACGAGUUCUCAGUUACGGCCGGCAACGUCACUGACUUUAUGUACACCAUCACCCAGGCUCCAUCUCACGGAGAGCUGCUGCUAGUAGAACCAAGCACCUUGGAGGUCAACUCGAAUGAGGUGAUGAACUUCCUGAACUACGACCUGAUGAAUGGCUUGCUGUUCUACCGACAUGAUGGCUCAGAAACGGAGAGAGACAGCUUUACGUUUACAACAACGGCAACCUACAUUGACCUGUCAGGAACAAGAAGGACCCUUUACCAUGAAGGUGAUGUCUCCAUCGAGAUCUUGUUAGUGAAUGAUCAUGAACCUGAGGUCAUCGUGAACCGUCUCUUCAAAGUUGUUAAAAACGGGAAAACUCCACUGACCGAUCAGAACUUGCUCUCUUCGGAUGGAGACACUGACUUUGAUGACGACAAUAUUGAGUAUAGGAGGCAAAACUCCCGUGUCGGAGAUCUGGUUUAUGCUCAGAAUGAAUCCAGUGUUUAUCGAUUCACCCAGAGGCAACUCAAAGAUGGCAUGAUUGUGUUUAAGCAAAACGGAGCGGAGACAAUCGGACGGAUGCUAUUCUUUGUUUUCGACAAUGACCUCAGUCGUUACAUUUCCGUCUUCAUGGAUAUUGAGGCAUCGGAUCCUUUUGUUGGACUUCAGAACAACACAGGAUUGACGCUCUCCCGGGGUGCUUCGGUCGUCCUGACCUCAUACAAUCUGAGUGCAGAAACAAACCUUGGGAUUAAAGAUAAAAGAAUUGAGUUUGUGAUAAGUUCCCUGCCGGCACACGGGAGGCUGCUUCUCAGAGGCAACCCGGUGAUGAUGUUCAACCAGGAGAGCCUGGAAGCUGGUAGAAUUAUCUACGAACACGACAACAGCACUGCUAUGUUAGACGGCUUCAAUUUCACCAUCCGUGCCAAGGAAAUGACAAAGAAAGGCUUUUUCAAUAUUCGGAUCUAUUUGGAGAACCAUCAGAAGCCGCCCGUAUUGAACCAGUUUAAACCCCUGGUGGUAGAGCAAGGGAAGGCUGUCACCAUAGAUCGCUACCACCUUCGAGUCACUCACCCUAACCACUUACCUGUUGAGAUUGUUUUCACUGUGACCGUUCCCCCGAAAUACGGCAUUCUUCAACUGGCAGAGGAGUCUUUGCUUGGCAAACGGAGACGUAGACAAGCUGCUGAGGGGAUUGAGAGUUUCACCCAACUUGACGUAAAUCGCAACAGACUGCAGUACAUCCAGACUAAAUCAGGAAGCGGGAGUGACAGGUUCUCCUUCGAGGUCGACAAUGGUUUUGUCAAAGUCACCAAUCUCACCUUCAGCGUUGAGAUCGCACCGACUAUCGUCCCCCUCAGAGUUGAAGAUAUUUUACUUCCUGAAGGCGGCUCCAAACUUAUCACCGAUGAAAUGAUCCAGAUUGCUCACUCCUACUACCAAGAUCAGUCCUUCGAUUUUUUCAUUAAGCAGCAGCCCACUCACAGUUUUCUGGAAACCAUGCGGAACACAGGAGAGCGUCUCACUAGCUUCAACACACAAGAUCUCACGAAUGAGUUCAUCUACUUUGUGCACGAUGGAAGCGACACGUUAUCCGACUCGUUCACAAUCAUCGCUAACUCUUCAGAGACUGGGAAGACUAGUCUACUUUACACAAUCAAUGUAACAGUCACACCGGUCAACGACCAAAUACCAGAAGUGACCGCCAACGAUGGCCUUACCACAUUCAUCGGUACGGAUUCUACAGUGACCACUUCAAUCCUCAGCGCCAUGGACUUGGACACUGAUGACCAGAAUCUGAUGUUUGUGCUGACGACCCCGACCAAUGGAUACGUGGCUAAACUGCCUGAUCGUGGUCGACCCAUACUCAGUUUCUCUCAAGCUGAUUUGAGUGAAGGCAAAGUCAUCUUUGUGCAUUCAGGUUCCAAUACCGGCGGCUUCCGCUUUACUGUCAAUGAUGGCGUGCACUCAACCAUCCAACAGAUUUUCAGCAUCACUGCCAAGCCUCUCGUAAUCACCCUGGAAACUAACGAGAUGUUAUAUGUGGAGCCUAAUUCUAUUGAGCCAAUCACAGCCGACCACUUGAAGGUCGUGACCAAUGAGGAUCCGGUAACAAACAUGAGCCGUCCAAUCACCUACUGGCUCACUGAGAGUCCAGAACAUGGUAUAAUUGUUGAGAUCAUUGACAGAGACGAAAUCGACGAAGACUUUUUCAGUUUUGCACAGAUCUCCACAUUCACCCAGGAUCAGAUUGAUCGGAAUGUAGUCGCCUACAAGCAGAUCUUGGAUAUCCCUGUCACUGCGGACCGAUUUUCAUUCAACGUUCACUUGUCUCGCUCUCAGAACCUUACCGAUGAGACCUUUGAAAUAACUAUUGGUAAGAAAGAAGUUAUUUCAACCACUCAAAUGGUGACCACGGAAAAUCCGACUUCAAUGGUACACACAACUGAGCGAUCAUCGGUUUUAAAUCUCGGUAUUGAGGUCAUAGAAGGUGGCACUGUUUCCAUCACUGGUGAUCAGCUGAACAUUGCUCUAUUAGCCGAAGAUUUAGGAGCUGCGGAGUCCAUCUUUGAGUACAACAUCCUCAGUCUGCCGAGCCACGGGGUACUGAAAAAAUCCAAUCAAGACCUAACUGUGUUUUCUACAUUCCUGCAAGCUGACCUCAGCGGGGAUGGGAUACAGUACAUACAUGAUCACUCUGAUGAAAGGGAGGACUCCUUCAACUUUACCAUCAUGGCCGCUGCUCCUGGUUUCGCUGAACAGGUCGUAACGUACAGCGGUCAGUUCGUCAUCACCAUUGAUCCCAUAAACGAUCAGCCGUUCCGAGUUGUCACUCGUGGGCUGAGUAUGACCAUCACUCAGGGUGCUCGAAAGACUCUCUCGAUGAGUGAUUUGAAUACCGUUGAUGCCGACAAUCCUCCAGAGGAACUCAGCUACGAGCUCAUUAGUAGUCCAGCCAACGGGAAACUCGUUCUGACAGAGGAUCCAAGCAUCGAGGUGGACUUCUUCACCCAGGAACAGAUCAAUGAUGGAGAGGUGACUUUUCUGCACGACGGGGGAAGCUUAUCUGGAGGUUUUGCCUUUAUGGUGACUGACGGAGCCAGUAAAAAGUUUAAACAAUUCAGCAUCAUAGUGCAACCAGCGGUACUAUACGUGAUGGUCGCUGGAAACAUUUCUGUCAUUCAAGGAGACUCUCUGGGAGUAAUCGCAGCGAAUACCUUCAAUGUGACCAGUAAUAAUAAUCUAGAUAAGGUCAAGUUCAAUGUUACCAUUCCGCCAGAGUUUGGCGUCAUCCUUGUCGAUGGGCUUGCCCGGGAGUCCUUCUCCCAGGUAGAGCUCAAUGAGGCACGUGUGCAAUAUUCCCAAACUGAUUUCUCCUCUGACUCGGAUCGAAUAACGUUCCUUGCUUAUGACGAAUACAAUGCGGUUGGGAGUCUCAAUGUUACAGUCUAUGUGGAACCGGCCGUAGUCGUUCGAGUGAUGAACAUAACAACUGGUGAUACCUUACCAUUGACGCCAGAGUAUUUGAACGCUGCGGAACUGGCACAAAAAGUCGGCAAUGAUCUUGACGUUGAAAUAAUCACAUCACCGCAGCGAGGACUCGUCCUGAACUCGACAACCAAUCUUGCCAUAACCAAGUUCUUGUAUUCGGACAUAUCCAACUCUCGUGUGUUGUUUGUGGCAGACUACUUGCAUCUGGACGCUGAGGAGAACUUAAACGACAGUUUUGUUUUUGUCCUGAGCGGAAAAGAGGUUCAACCAGCGACUGUUACAUUUUCUGUACGAAUUGAGCCUCAGAUGGUGCCACUGACAACACCUGCAAUUCCGACAACAAUGGCCAUACAGACCACCACAAGAAAACUUAAUACAAUACGUUUUGGCAUAAAGCCAGUUGAGGAUACACGGGGCGAGGUCACGACCCCGAUCACACCAAGCGGAAACACCCCCGCGGCGAAAUCAUUCGAUCCGUCAGGAUUCAACCCGAUCUUCGUAAUCAUUCCAGUCAUCGUUAUCAUCAUAAUCGUCAUUCUCAUCAUGUUUGUUCUGAUUUGGAGAUCGCACCGGAAGGAGAAACAGCAUGUAUCUGGCCGGGAGAGCCCAUACCCAGAGCCAGAUGUUGGCCCUUAUCCCGGUGCCCAGGCGGGUCCUGGGCAAACUGGGCUCAUGCCUACUAUACAGGUCAUGAGUAACCUCCCAGACCAUCAUAGUACGGGCUCCGUAAACGGGACGCCCCCAAUGACACUUAAUCGCCCGUUACCCAUUCCAGGGGCUUUCGUUCCGCAAGUUACCGUUACGGCACUUGGCAGGCCGCCCUCGCCUCGCUACGGUGAUCCAAACUCGUCAUUUGUGACUCUGAAUUCCAAUGGAACAGUACACUCAGGGGGUUCAGGCCACGGAGUGGGCAACAGGUGGGACAGCUGUGAUCAAGAAAUUAUGGACCAUUGUGGGACCAAGAAACCUACUCUUAAAAAGAGUCAGUACUGGGUAUAGUAUCCAGACUGGUUAUUACUCUGUAUUUAUUUAUUUUGGUUUUCUUUUUGGGGGAUGGCUAGGUAUGUCUGAUAGCCAUCCACAUUAUGGGCUGUGUACGUUUGUUAUGAACCUGCCAAAUUACCUUGUUUCUUAGUUAAGGUUUUUGACUGUUUGUAUGUUUAGUCAGAGCUCACACCGUAUUCAAGUGUGCCUGGAUACAAAGAACCAAAGGGUCUGGUAGAUGUAGCCAAAGAACCUGUAUCAACAUGUCCAUAAGAAAUCAUUUAAGAUGUUAAAGUGCUACAGUACUUUAAACCGUGCUGUUCAAGUUACACAAUUAAUGUCUCAACAAUUUAUCAAAGUGAAAAACACAUUGGUUGAAUAUUUCCCCCAAAAGUGGAACACACCUUUGCAUUUUUACUAACACUAUUGAAGAGAAAGUGCCUCGCUAGAUUAUAUAAUUUAGCCCACACACAGAGGUUUAAAGAAGGUUGCAUCUUUAAUUUGGCCAACCAUGUGUACCCCUGUGCAUUUUCCAUUGGUUCAUAAACAAUGUACCUCUAAGAUAAUGGCGGAAUGAUGUCGAUGCAAAAGAACUAUGUCCAAUUUCAAACCCAUCCAUUUCCAAAACAAAAAAUAGAGCCACAAUUAAAGUUGGUUUAUUUUCCACUCAUGUAAAUAGCAUACACAAAAACAAUGUUUUCAAACAAUAUUUUAAACAAUGGGGGAGUGGUGGGGGAGGGGGUUGGCCACCUAGAAACCCACAGGGCGGGUAUCCUUGACCUAGAAAUAUUUUGAUCCUGCAGAAACAUUACAACAGUGUUAAUUGUUAUGUUUAGCUUUAAAAGUACAAGUGGAAAAUGUUAUUUUUUCCCGUGGAAAGUAACGUUUGUAACUGUUAAUAUUGGGAUUUUGAAAAAAUCCAUGUACAUGAUUGUAUAGCUUAAAGGGUGUGCACAGCAUUGGUAAGAUUGUUUACAGAUUUGCUUAUGGCUCAAUGCUCAGUAUAAAUACGGUCAUGGUGAUAAACUCCCCUCGUCAUACUUUUGCCUGAAAUGCUAUGAAAUGGUUAAAUCUUAAAGUGCUUUAAUGUGUUUUUCUUUGUUCAACCCCAAAAUUACAGUGGAAAUUAUACAAUGUUUAUGUACUAUUUUCUGGUGAAUCCAAUAUUGAAACAAACAGUGUGUUCCAAAUGUUAACAAUCCCUGUAAACAUCUAUUUAAUCCCUUUAAAGGCACUGGAGUGAACUUGAUUGGUAACAGUCAAAGACAAGUUUUCUCACUUAGUGUAUCCAAAUAUGUACAUAAAAUAACAAACCUGUGAAAAUUUGGGCUCA